AACGAUGGAGCGCCGCGCCUUUAUUGGAAGAACAACGAUCAACUCACUUCUCAACUUCUCCCUGCAACCUCCAACUUCUGUUUCCCGUUCCCACCAACUGCCCUUUGCCUAGUGGCUCCCUCGAUCCACAGUCUCCGAUCCGCCGGCGGCGAAGCACCGCCCCCCUCCCCACCGAUUUAGGGUUUCCGUCACUCCACCCGCCGCGUUGAAUAUCAAGUUUCCGGGUAACUUUGGGUGUUGAGAUUGGAUGUGAAUCGCCUACCAAAUGUUUGAUAGGAUUUGUGUUGAGGCGAGGGCAGCUAUGCUUUGAGGGUUGGAGUGGAGAAAUGAACGUGAGCCAUGCCUCGGUUCACCCAGUGGAGGAUCCGCCUACGACGGAAGGUGCGAAUGCACCGAGAGUCAGGGUAAAGGAUGUACAGGGUAUGCCCGCGACGCUCGGUGGGCUCGCCUUGCGUUUUUUCCAGUUUCUGUUUGCAGCUGCCGGGCUUUGUGUUAUGGCCACCACUAGCGAUUUCCCCUCCGUGACAGCCUUCUGCUAUCUUGUAGCAGCUACUGGCUUACAGAGCUUAUGGAGUUUUUCAUUGGCUGUUGUGGACAUAUAUGCCCUUCUAGUGGGGCGAUCGCUGCAAAAUUAUCGAGUGGCGGUGUUCUUUGCCAUGGGUGAUGGGAUUACUUCCACUCUCACAUUUGCAGCAGCAUGUGCAUCAGCAGGCAUUACAGUCCUUAUUGACAAUGAUCUCUCUAGCUGUUCCCAGAACCACUGCGCACAGUUUGAAACUGCCACGGCAAUGGCAUUCAUUAGUUGGUUUGUUGCGUUGCCAUCUUUUCUUUUCAAUUUUUGGUCGCUGGCGUCCCGAUGAAGACAUAGCGAGGCAGUAGUAAGGAGAAAGAAGUCAGCUGGAAAAUCCCUUUCAGGCUUUAAAGAGCCUUUCUCGUGUGCCAUAAUUCUUUUUUCUCGAUAACUCUUAAGGCGUGGACUUUCUCGAGUCAUGUCUUGUGUGGAUAGGACUGUAAAGUAGGCCGAGGUGAGUCUUGACAAUGUAGUGUGAAUUGGUCGGAUGAGCCUCGUAACAACAUUCGACUCUCGAAGGGUUUUUUCUUUUCCUGUCUA